AUGGUUUCCAAGAAGGACAUGCGCAGAGGCGAUCUCGGCGUCUUCGGAAGCACACUACCAAUGGCUGCUAUCUUCACCAGAAACAAGAUGAUUGGCUGGGUUGCUGUCAUCUUCGCCGUUCAGAACUGGCUUGGAGAGACUCCCGAAUCACAGAAGAGCGGUUCGACUCCUGGAUACAUGACCGUCGGCAUGGCUCUUGCAUACCUUCCUCUCUUCAUGCCUCCUGUAGUGGCACCUGGCGCUGGAAGUGGUACUGAAGCACCCGCUGCUGCCGCUGUUCCUACUCCUUGA